AUGCCGGAUAUCUUUGCAACAUUGCCGCCUAAUCCUGUUCAAGGAUAUCACUACUUCAACUUUAGUGUCGAGUCGAAUCCGAAGGUCUCCUCGCUGACUGGUGGCACUCCACUUGAUGUUCACAUCGGCCGUAGUUCCCGGAAUGACUACGAAGUGGUAGCUGUUGCAAGAAGUGGUCCUUACCGGAUAAAGACCAUGAAAGAGCCAUAUAUGCACCCCGCUCUAAACAGAUCAGAUGCCGAGAUUGUUAUUGUGCUUGUAAAUAAAGAAGGUGUGAAAUACCGGACUGAAGUGGAUGAUGUUCUUUUUGGCGCUCACGCUACACGAGAGAACUUUCGAAACACUUCAGGCCUCUGGUACAAUACCCCCGAUGACAACGGAUAUACCCCAGAAGAUCUCAUCUCGCUGCAUAGAGAUGACAGAGAAUAUGACAACUGGUAUUACUCCGAUGACCCAGUUGGCAUGAUUGGCUGCGCAGACCAGAUGGAGAUAUGCCUUGUUCCAUCGAAUACCUGUUCAGGGCUCGUUUCUGUCCCCUCUUCAUCUAUAAAUCUCCUGAGACUAUUCCCAACAUUGAGAGAAUUGGAGACUUUCUUCAAGUCAUUUUCACCCGACACUGGCGCAGGCUUUGUUGUGGGAAGCAAUAUUAUUUCACACCUAAAAGAGUUUGGUCCAGAGGUACUUGAUGUGCGACGAUAUGGCCUAGGGUUUGGUGAUGGGAAGCAAAAUGCACCUCGCAGCGGUCUCUGGGAGAAUGAAGCGAGGACGUGGAUCGGAGCGUCAAUUGCUGGCAUGCAGUUUUCAGUGGUCUAA